GUUGAUGCAAAAAUGGGAAAGCGUGAAUAAAGUUUUUUCGAGGUAUUUUCAAAUAAAUAAAUAAAUAAUAAGUAAACUAUAACUAAGAUGUCUUACAAAGGAGUUGAUAAAGCUUUAGAAUUAUUAAGAUAUUUACCAAGAAUAACUAAGGAUAAUGUGAGGCCAAAUCCAGGUGAAGUGACACAUAAGAGAAGACCUAGAGGACAGCAUGGUGGUACCACUCAUGGUCAUGGCAAUAAGGGAGCUAAACAGCGAUGCUCAUAUUCUCGUAUUGGUUUUGAGUAUGGAAAAGUGUCAUUUUACAGAAGAAUACCUAGAGAAUUCUACUAUUCUGGUCAUGCUUACAGACGACAAUAUCCCCCGUUUAGCCUUGGUCAAUUGCAGCUUUUGAUUGAUUUAGGAAGAAUUGAUCCUAAUCAGCCUAUUGAUUUAACUACUCUGUGCAAUACUCACGUGUAUUUCAUUGAUCCAAUUGAAAAACAUUUUGGUGUUCAUUUAACGGAUGAAGGUGCUGAUACUUUUACUGCUAAAGUAAAUAUUGAAGUUCAGCAUGCAAAAGAAACAGUUAUAGCUGCUGUGGAAAGAAAUGGAGGUGUAAUUACCAAUUCAUACUAUGAUAUUGAGAGUAUUAUUGCUCUUAUUAAUCCACAGAAAUAUUUUGAAAGAGGUAUUCCAAUCCCUCUUCGUAAAUUGCCACCUGAAGAUACAGUUGCUUUUUAUGCUGAUCCUAAAUCUCGUGGAUACCUUGCAGACCCAGAAAAAAUUGCAGAUGAAAGAUUGGCUCUUGCUCAAAAAUAUGGCUAUGAGCUCCCAGACAUCUCCAAGGAUCCGAUGUUUGAAAUGCUGAAAAGUAGAAAAGAUCCAAGACAAGUUUUUCUGGGCCUAGAACCUGGUUGGUUAAUUAACCUGAGGGAUAAAACCAUUUAUAAGCCUAAGUGUGAUAUAUUACAAGCGUAUUAUAAAUCUUGAAUAACCUAUGUAUAGUAUACAUUUUGUAGAAAAUUAAAAAAGAUAUUUUGCAUUGUUUUUGAUUAGUAUGUAUUGAAAUAAAUAAAUGCCUUGUGCAGAAAAAUAAAAGGUAC